GGAGGGGACCCUGACGGACAGGCCUGGCAAGUCCCCUCAAGCCCUCCCCUCUUGUCAACGCAAUGCAAUCUCUCGAUGCGCUCGAUGGAGCCAAGAGGGCCAGGGAGGCUUGGCUCACAGACUUUCUCCCACCAGGAAGUGAAAGGCACCCCUUCGUUGGCCUUAUCGAAGCCACUCGCAACAAGCCACCACCCCGACUUUAAGAUGGGAAAACGAAGGCCGUGGAGGGUGUCACCUGCAGCAUCGAGUGUGGGGAAGGCCAAUGAACGAACACAUGGCUGCUCAAUCCCCGGAAAAGCAGGAUGGCUGACAGGCAACCACCCGAGACAGUAUUGGCGGACGACGGGAGACCUGCAUAAGAGCACCAGCGUCACCUGGAGCCCGUGUUUUGGUCGAGGCUGUCACAGACCAGGCGACUCACUGCAGGUUGGCGAACUGCACAUCCGAGCAGCCCGAUGCAAGAGGCGUCACGGCCGCCUCCGUGCAUGGACUGCAGGUUUGGGUGUCGAUAGCGCCCGGGUCCGCAAGGGAUGCGCAUGGAGGAGACCAGGGGCUCGUCUUUAAUCUGGCGUCGUCGCUCUGUGCUCUCCAUAUCAGCAGGGGCCUGGCUGGCUGGCUGGCUGGCUGGCUGGCUUGCCCCUCGCAAAACAGCCCGA